AUGGCAAAUGUCAAACACAUGGUUCACACCAUUAUAUUUAUAACGUAUAUUUGGCUCUACUAUUGGGUUACCGAUGCGCUCACACCCAACCCAUUGUCGCACUCGUUGACCAACCCAUUGGUUAAAUGUGUUGUUGUAUUCAUGCAAAUCCUGUCCGUAAUAGCGUUACCGCAAUAUAUUUUCCAAUUUCUGGGUCUAAUUGUGUACAACCCGUUCACCGACAAUGAUGUGCCCCUAAAGUGCGACCCCCUGUCCGCCCCUUUUAUAUGCUUCCGAGUGGUCACACGUGGAAAGUACAGGCGUUUAGUCGCCGAUAAUGUCAAAAGGCAUGUGAAUGUCUGCUCAACCGUUGGUCUCAAGCAUUUUAUGAUAGAAGUGGUAACCGAUAACCCCUUAGAUUUGGACACAACUAACUCGAGAGUGCGUGAAAUUGUUGUGCCGGUUGGAUAUCAGCCUAAAAAUGGGGCCAUGUUUAAAGCUCGGGCUCUACAGUACCGGUUGGACACCAAUGAUUUGGCGGACGACGAGUGGAUCGUACACUUGGAUGAGGAGACAGUGAUGACAGAGCAGUCCGUUAGGGGUGUCGUUAACUUUGUGUCCGACGGCCGACACGACUUCGGUCAGGGGCUCAUCACUUACGCCGACCAACAGGUGGUCAACCCGUGGACUACACUUCUGGACACUCAGAGAGUGGCCGACGAUAUGGGAAAAGUGCGCUUUCAGUUCGAGUACUUUAAUGACGCGCCGUUUAGUUGGAAAGGUUCAUUCAUGGUGUGUCGUGUAAAAGCUGAACUGCUGGUAUCCUUUGACCACGGAUUGGAGGGCUCGAUAGCCGAAGACAUGUAUUUCUCAAUGAGAGCACUGAUGGGUCGGCACACGUUUGGCUGGAUUGAGGGCCCGAUGUGGGAAAAGUCACCUUUCACACUUUGGGACUACAUUGAACAACGCAAACGUUGGAUGCAAGGCAUUUGGUUGGUUGUACACUCGUUUAAUAUACCAUGGUCAAUCAAACUGUGGCGCGCAUUAUCACUGUACGGCUAUAUGACCAUGGCACUUCACGCCCUGUUGACUGUUUAUAUAUAUUUUAUGCCCCAAUACUCAAUCCAAUGGAUAUCUGUAUUGCAAAUAUUUAUCAGUGCUGUCGGCAAUUAUAUGUUUAUU